ACGUCACAUAUGAAACUGAAAGUCCUUGUUCUCCAUGUUGGAUCAACUUAGUCAUUAACUUAAACGAGGCUUCAGCACUUUUGUUGAGCCAACAUGGCCGUUGUUUCGUUUCCCGUGUGUUGAGAGAGAAAAAUCAGCGGCAAGUCUCACAAUGGCUUCAAAACCCUUUACCCCAGGAGAGACGAGGAGGAUUGUCCAGUUUCUACAGAAACCUGCUGUGUUCCUGAACAUGACCACAGAUUGGCCAGCAUUGCAUUGGACUGUGAAGCACCUGUCAACUUGCCUUACAGAGAGGCUUCGAUUCCGUAUUGGGAAAAGGACUGAGGAUGUGGCUCCUCUUUUCGAAACAGAGUGUUUCUACAUUGAAGCAACCAUUAAAGAGUUUCUGUCCUGGACUGCCAAUGAAGAUGAAUCUCUUGUUGGGCCAUUUUCUGACUAUCACUGCAAAGAAUUCUGGGCUUAUGCUGAUUACAAGUACAUUGCCCAGCUUUUUCAGGAUAAACCUGCCAUGUUUCAGGAUGUGGUGUGGUCCGACUUUGGCUUUUCUGGUCGAGAUGGACGAGAUAGCACACUUUGGAUUGGGACGCAGGGUGCAAACACUCCUUGUCACCUUGACUCUUAUGGAUGCAAUCUUGUCUUCCAGAUCCAAGGCAGAAAACGUUGGCAUCUCUUUCCUCCCGAUGACACACACUGUCUCUACCCAACACGUAUACCAUACGAGGAGUCCAGCGUGUUCAGCCAGGUCAGUGUCGUCCAGCCAGACCUGAAGAAGUUCCCAGCGUUCAGAAGAGCUCGAGUCCACACCGUCACUCUGCAGCCUGGUCAGGUUCUGUUUGUCCCCAGACAUUGGUGGCACUAUGUGGAGUCAGUGGAUCCAGUGACUGUCAGUGUGAACUCCUGGAUUGAGAUGGACAUGGAUGAUGAAGCCAGAGUAGGAGAAGCUCUCACUAAGACUAUUGUGUGUGCCCUAAAAGGUGCCCCCAGUUUAGACAACAAUGACCGCUGGCUCAAUCCUACUGAGGAUGGAGUUUCUCCACAUGACGAAAACAUGCAGUAUUUGAACCUAGCAGUAAAGGCUUGUAUGGAAAAGAGGAGAGAUGAUACUGAAGGCACGGCCUCACUUGCAGAGCUGGGAAAACGCGACUCCAGCGGACUGUUAAAGUCUACAACGUCUCUCUCUUUCGUGGUUCCCUUUGGACCUCAUCUCAUUCCUGUUAAUUUGGCUCACAAACCCACAUACACCUGCCCAAAGGACACAUCUUGUUACUGGUACAAUGAGCUGUCACGGUGCCAAAGUACAUCCCAAGAUGAAGAUGAACCAAGAAGUGACAAUGAACUUCAUCGAAGAUCCGGUCUGCAUGCACAUCAGGAAGCGGGAAGUCCAGAAACCUCAGGAGGAGGUGCUGGUUUGCACAUAUCAACCAAUGACAUGCUCCAGUUCCUGGUACACCCUGAUGUGAUCAGUCUAGUUACAAGGCUAAUCAUGUGUCGACAAAGAGAACAUCACUCUUAAUUUGUACUAGAUGAACAGUUUUUGUAGAAAUAAAAGAUCUCAUGCUAUCUCUUAAAUCCAUCA